ACGUGACCGGUGACAGCCCAGAGACCCUGGGGAUCCCGGGGAGAUCCCUGGGCCCCCGGUGAAAUAGGUACCCAAAUGUGCAGAUGUCGGUGGGCCAAGGGGCUGGCCACUCCCAUUUAUUCAUUCACUCAUUCAUGUGGAUAUCGCUUUGUCGCUCGUCAUUCUGUUUGCAGCUUUCGUUUUUCUGCCGCUCACAUUUGUAUUCUUUAUCUUCUCCUCCCCUCCUUCCUCUCCCAUCGCCCUUCUUCUUCCACCGGUCCUUCUUUCCUUCUUCUUUUCCCUCCUCCCCCCUCCUCUCCCGCCAACUCGUUUUAGUGUUCAUUAUCGCACUCGCUCUUGUCCAUCUCCGCAGCAUGGGAAAUACCACCACAAAGGAAAAGGCCGACCACAUCGAUGGAGGCGCACUGCUGCCCCACGGCGUCUACUCUGGCCCACAAGACUAUGACUUCCGGAUUGUGCAACGACUUAUUCUACAGCGCAAGCUGGCCCCCUUCUACAAGGGCCUCGAUGACUGGGACGAUAGCGAGGAUGCUCAGGAGGAAAAGGAGAAGCAGCAACAGCAGCAGCUCAACAGAGCUAGCAACACUACUACCACUCCAAUCCUCAACACGAACACAGCAACGGCAACAACGACAGCAGGCACUGCUCCUCAUCACCAUCCCCACCACCACCAACAACAUCGCAUGUCAGAAGCAGAGCGUGAAAUGAGGCGACUUUACCAAGGCGCGAUCGAAUGUCCCAUUUGUUUCUUGGUAAGAAAACUUUUUCUUCCACACUUCAUGCCGAAAUAAUCAUAGCCUUCUUCCUCUUACUGUGGACACUCGUGGACCUGCGUCGUAUCAUCUGCCCAUUAUAUGUUUUGAUACUUUAAAUCCCUUCGGCCCUGCUGCCUUUUUUUUUUUUUCCG